CGUUAAAUUACAAUGAUAGCAAAUUGUGGGUAAGUUCACAACAUACAUGCAAUGCACUAAUUUGCCCGAUAUGCUUAGGGUGCGGUCCACUCAAUGUUCCAAACGCUUCAAACACUUUUACUUUCUAUGCUUCCAUAAACCCGGGGUCCAUUAGUGCUACCAAUAUUAUAAACGCUAUACAAGUGGACCGUUCUGAAGCAAAGUUUACGUCACGUAUGUAAGAAUACAGAACGCAGCGAUAACAAGAUGAAUGCUCUAUUAACAUAUAUCGUGAAAAGUUUUUUAAACUCCAUUAUUCAUACUUACGAUAAUGAAGAAGUGGAUAUUGUGAUGAGCACUGUUUUACUUCCAAAAGUCCAUAUUCCGAAAAUUGGAGGUUAUGUGGAACAUAUAAUUCCAUCACUUAGCAAUGAAUGUUUUAAACAGCAUUUUCGGAUGCUACCUUCAACUUUCGAAUAUGUUUUAAAUCAAAUUGGAAAUGAACUUUGUCGUAAAGCAGAUGGUAACAAGAUGAUAUCUCCGGACAAAGAACUUCUGUUAAGUUUUGGCGAUUUGAAACUCCAGAUUCAUAUAGAUCAAUAAUUGAAAGAUUUGGUGUUGGCAAAGCCACAGGUGUAAGAGCAGUACGUCGUGUUGCUAAGGCAAUAUGUGAAUUAUCACCGAGAUAUAUUACAUGGCCCACAGGGAAUAAAAUACAAGAAAUUACAUAUAAUUUCUCUUAUCAGAGUGCUUUCCUAAUAUUAUUGGUGCCAUAGAUGGCUCUCACAUAAAUAUUCCUGCACCUACAGAAAAUUCAGAAGCCUAUGUAAAUCGUAAAGGACGUCAUUCAAUUCAUCUCCAAGCUGUUUGUGAUCACGCAAGAUUACUCACACACAUCUAUGUUGGAAACGUAGGUUCGGUUCACGAUGCUCGUGUGUUCCGUCUAUCAUCCGUCCAGGAAUAUAUCAAUGAUGUUAAUAAGUUUCCAAAUGACACACAUAUAAUUGGAGAUUCGGCUUACGCAUUACAUCAACAUCUUUUGGUCCCCUAUGAAUGUCGAUAACGGUCAUCUUACUCAACAACAAAAAAAUUAUAAUUUUUGUCAUUCUUAUGCAAGAAUGGUUAUAGAAAGAGCGUUUGGUCUUUUAAAAAGACGCUGGAGAAGUCUUUUACAUGUUUUAGCAGUAAACGACAUAGAUUUUGUUCCUUAUCAUAUAUUAGCAUGCUGUGUAUUGCACAAUUUGUGUUUAUUGCAGAGGGAUGAACUAGAAUUAGAAGAGAUUUUUCUUCCAGAUAGAGAAGAAGUUAUAUUGCGAGAAGAAAUGCUUAUUGAUAAUAAUAGAUAUAUUGCAGAACUAAAAAGAAAUAAUAUAUGUGCAAAUCUUCGUAUGAGAAAUGGAUAAAAAAUAUCUGUUUCUCAUACAAAGAAGAAAUAUAAAAAUGCUAAUAUUUUGUUAAUGUAUAUAGAAAUAUGUUUUACCAUUUUACAAAUGUAUCAAUUUAUACUAAAAAUACACAAAUAAAUAAAUAUACUAUAUAUUAUAUGUACGAACAAUUUUAUUUUGAUAACAAAUAUUAAAUAUAUAUUAUUGUCUACAUUCACAGUCUUUUUAUAGGAAGGAUAUUAUUAAGUCUACAUUAUACAGUCUUUAUAAGAAGCAACGAAUAUUAUAUAUAGAAUAUAAGAAUAUUAAUUUAUAUUAUUUUUAAAAAAACAAAAACUUCAAUAUUAUUUAUAAAAGUUUUUAUAAAAGUUUUCAUCUUUGGUAGUGUAUAACAAAUGAAACUUAAGAAUACAUUUUGAAACUAAUAAAAAAAAAUCUUUGAUGAUAUUAAAAUAAUAAAAAAAUAAAACAAAAUGUAUGUAACAUCACAGAACUCUUAAAUCAUAAUUAAUUAAUCCAUAUUAUUAUUUCUCAACCAUUUUUCGUAAAAUAUCCAAUAGUUCAUCUUGACGUGACAUUGCGUCUUUAUGCAUUCUUUUAUGCUCAGUAAUACUUUCUUCAAGUAACUUCUCUAACAUGGUAUUGUUUUUGCCUAUAACCAUAAUAUAUCCAUUAUUUUUCCGUUAUUUACCGCUACCCAAGUAAAACAAAAAAUCAAGAUGACACCAAAAUUAGAUUAAAAUGAUAAUCAUUUUGACAUCAUUUUGGUGUCAUCUUGACUUUUUGUUUUUGUAAACAAUAUUAAAUUUUAAGUACUUAAACUUUAUAAGGAACGUAUAACGUGGACUAUAAAGUUUUAAUAUUAGCAGUAACUAACAAAAUCCAUUCAUCGUGUAUUAAUACCGCUUCUAAUCUCAAAGCUAUUACAGACUAUAAUAUAUAUAUAUCUAUUAUGUUUAUAAAUAUAUUACAAUAUAAUUUAAUAUAUAAAUUAAUGUAAUUAACGGAGACGUACGCAUACAUAUACAUUUAUUCUAAUAACACACAUAAAAUAUAUAUAAGUAGAAAAAAUUAAUAAUACUUACGCUUAGAAGGCAGUUUACUUUUGCAAGCCUUGUUUUUUGUAUCGUUAUUGUCAUUAGAAGUUAAAAUUGGAUGAUUGCUCUCUAAUGUACGAAUUGGAGUUAUCCAUGGUUUUUUACUACACUGUUCGUCCAUAAUCUAUAAUAUUGAAAAAUAUUAAUUUUCAUAUAAAAAUAAUAAUUGUAUACAAUAAAAAAAAA